AUGCAAGUCGCAACACGCCUAGGUCUACUCAUAGGGAGCUCACGCAACGGCGGCAACGGCCACGGACUCGCUGCCUGGCUCACUCAGAUCCUCGAUGACCGGUUGAAUGCGCCCGGUUCCGCAAACGUCGUCGAGAUCGUCGCCGUCGACCCGCGCGAGCCACCGCACCCGUUCGGCCCCGUCGUUGACGGCUCCAAGCUGCCCUCACAGGUCCCAGACCCGUUCGCGUACGCUUCGCCCGCGAUUCGCGAAUGGAGUAGGUUCGUCACGUCCUGUGCCGGUUUCGCGAUCGUCACGCCCGAGUACAACGGCGGCUACCCUGGCGAGCUCAAGAACGCGCUCGACCACCUCUACAAGGAGUGGGCGGAAAAGCCUGUCGCGCUCGUCACCUACGGUGGCGGCGGCGGAGCCAGUUGCCAGACGCAGCUGCAGGUCGUGCUCAACGCGCUGAAGAUGCGUGUCGUGCCCGACCCAGUGGGCAUCCGGCUGCCUCGCGCGUACACCGGAGGUAGCGAACGUGUAUCCUCCACAGGCAGCUUCCCAGACUUCUUGGACCCAUAUGUCGGUGCGGUGCAGGGCACGGCUGACAGACUGAGGGAAAUGCUGUUUGAGAAGCCUGUCAAUAACCAAUGGUAUGCCCCACCUCGCCUUAUCGCUUGCCUCAUUCUAACUGCGGAUAUGGCGUGCUCUCGCAGAUCGGUUCGGACGCACACCGCGUCGCAUCGCACAAUGGCCACAGGUAACGAGGCUCUUACUGUCUGCUGCAACGAAGUUGCUAAUUGGAAUCCGUGUUUAACUCGAGGAAGCGGCACAUAG